AUGGCCCCUGAUUGUGAUUGGAAUGAAGCUGAUCAAACUGCUCCACAGACGAUGGGUUGGACAGACGACAAUUUAGAGGAAUUACACCGCAUGGCACAAAUUUCAGAUGCACAACAUGCUAUGACUUUCAUCAGCGCGCUACGCAAGGCUUCUCAUGACGACAUACACUCCCAAUUAUCCCAAGACACAUUAGAUAGGCUACGAAAUCCCCCUUGCACGCUCCCUAAUACCACUGAUCCCGAUCUCAUAUUAUCCCUAAAAUACUACUUUGCUGAUACAACAAUCAAAGCGUAUAAUGCGAUUCGUGAAGCCACUCUGGAACGGCACCCCAAUGACGACAUCUACAGCCACUAUUGUGUCAAACAAGCUGUCGCUGAACUCAGUGGUGUUGACUCGAUCAUCACUGACAUGUGCAUCAACACAUGUCUCGCAUUUACGGGUCCAUAUGCCGAGCUUGAUCAGUGUCCUCAAUGUGGAGAA